AUGGGUUUCUAUUUGGUGCAUUUAUUUCAGGUUCGCAACGCUAAUGAAAAUAAACCGCAUCACUCUUUGGAUUCCGAUUCGCAAACCGUUUCCACUUCGAUGGGGUCUACAAUUACUACAAGUUUAAGUUCGAGACAUUCCUCCUUAAAAGAAAAAAGAGGUAGAAGACGUCUACCAUCACCAAACGAAUCAACCACAUCAACCCCGACAGAAAAACCAAAAAUCCACCGUUGCCGAAAAUCAACUUCCGAUUUAACCGAUAUGACCGAUGACGCCAUGACAGCCACAACUACUGCAUUGAGCAGAUCUGGAUCCAGAAAAAGUUCCAAAGGAGGUUUGGCAUAUUUGGCUAGUAGAAGAGGCUCGAGAGGUUCGAGGGAAUCGAUUUCCUCAGUCCUAAGCAAUGCGUCUAAUGAAGGCCUGGGGCCUUUGAAUUUCCAACAUCCCCGCAACAGGCAGAGACGAACUUCGAAUUUCUUAGAGCUUCCAGGUAACGAUAAUAACUUUAGUAUUAAAAUGAUGAAAUUUUAA